AAUAUCUAUUUUAAAAAAUUAGUUGUUUUUUUUUAAGAUUUUAUGCCAGUUUUUUUCAUUAGAAUUGCAUUGUUAUUUGAAAAUUCAAGAUUGUUUAUUUUUCUGAAUAUUAUUCGAAUCGGUUUCAAAGUCCCAGUCCUUGCAGCGAUCAAAUGUGCGGUACUGCUUUUUGCCCGCUAGAGGGAGGUCUCGCUUACUCUUACGGCUCUUGGGUCCAAGCUGUAACCUCACGUCAGAUGUCCACCUUUUUCCCUCUGAGACACGUCCCCCCCAUCUGUUUCACGCCACGUCCCUUCAUCUGCGGGAAUGAGCUCAUCCGUGACGGGAGGCUGUCAGAUUUCACUUCUGAGGGGAUUGGCUGACAGUCAUUCAGGGGUCACACGCCACACACCAUUGGCUCAAUUCCAGACGCCAGCGACAACCCGGUCUGUUUAAAAGACCUGCAGCCUGGAAUGGAAGCCAGCAUAAACCUAAGAUUGUUAAAUGAAAACGAGCACAACAAGCUGGUCAUGUUCAAACAUAAAACCAUUUUUUCCGCAUGCAAACAGAUGCCAUCAGGCCGCCCUGCGGUGUUGUGUCCUUUGCGACAUUGGGGCGGGGGGAGAAGCUGCAGCCAGCGCAAACAAUCCCUGCUGUUGUAAUUAGUGAAAGUGACGGCGAGUCACGUGACUCACCUGUCAGACAAACAAGACUUCUGCCUGGCACGGCCGCAGCCUCCCAAAUAAGUAAGCCCCACCAGGAUUGCAAAGUGACCCCAUCGUCCUCAUCCAAAAACACAUCCCGGUUUGAAAAGUCGUUAUAUGCGACAAAGAAAAGUGUUUACUUUAAUAAUGAUCUGGAGUACAUGAAAAAAUACAAAGUAUGUUGUUUUUUUGGGACCUGGUGCUAAUUAGAGACCCUUGCGGUUAUUUGCUUUUGAAGACCGCGCACCCGGCGGCCAUAGGAGACUCAGCACUUAAUUGAAUGGUGCGUUAAUUGGAGCAAUUACGGUAAUUAAUGCACUAAGGGAAGGUUUGGGUUCCUCCACUCCGCGACUAUCCGUGUUUGUUUUAUGGUGCUGCACAGCUGUCCGCCGCCAUAACAAUCACACGACCGCCUUUCCAAAAUGGCAGCCACUCAACCAGAGCCCCACCUGCCUCCCUCGCCGUUUAGGUGCCAGCACACGCGGGCCUAGCCUAGAGUACUGAAAAGAUGAGCUCCCCCCCCCCCCCGUUGUAAUUCAUCCGGGAGAGCAUCUUCGGUGACAAUGAGUUCACCUGUCCCCUCCGGAGUGAAAGAUGGAGCAUCGGAGAUGAAUAAGAGCUACAGGUGCAGAGCUGCAACGCGCACAUUGAAGUUCGUUGCCACCCAUCUCGAGAGGGAUUCUCCGAAUUUCCCGACGGAUGUUGGUCUUCAGGGCCUCAGUGGUCUGUGGGUUGUUGCAGUACACUCUCUCCUUCAGGUAUCCCCCCAGACUGUGUUACUGAAAUGAAAAAAGUGAUGCAUUCAUGCAAGUAAUGGAACACUUUUUCUGCUUUUUUGACAGAGAAAGGGGGACGACAAGGAGAGCGAGACAGAGCCCCUGCGCCACUUACGCUCUGUCUUUCCGUUCCGUGCUGCGUUCCAUCACAGCAGCUGGACACUCCUCCCCUUUUCUCCCUUAAAGCCUCCUCCUCAUCAGCAUCGUCCUCCUCCUCCUGUGCACCUCAUUAGUCUCCCGCUGCGGCGAGCCUCAGUCGUCGUUUCCGCCACAAACACGCCGAGCUCGGGACGAUGUGUGCCUCCUACGGGGGAUGCUCUACACGGGCCACGCAGCGUGGAAAGCCGCGCUAGAAGGAGGAGGAGGAGGAGGAGAAGGAGCGGGAGGGAUGGUUCGUUCUUGGUGGAUGUCUGUGAUCCUGCUGGGCUUCCUGUGUGUGUCCACCGUGAGGGCUGACGCCCUGCUUUCAGCUCCACUCAAUGUGACCGUCAAGGAGAUUGAAGUCAACUCGGCCAUGGUCACGUGGGAAACCCUGGAGGGAGACCCCGUCAUUGGAUUCGCCAUCACUCAACAGAAGAAGGACGUGCGCACGCUGAGGUUCAUCCAGGAAGUGAACACCACCACUCGCUCCUGUGCGUUGUGGGGCCUGGAUGAAGACACGGAGUACAUCGUGCACGUGCAGAGCAUCAGCAUGGGGGGCAGCAGCCCGCCCAGUGACCCGGUCCUCUUCAGAACCCCUAAAGAAUCGGAGAAGCUGGCAUCCAAGAGUCCAGAUGAGGUCACGAUGGAGGAAGUGGACCAGGCUGCUCAGUUGCGAGCCGGUGAAGUCAUCAUCAUUGCAGUGGUUCUGGUCAUGUGGGCAGGCGUGAUCGCACUGUUCUGUCGGCAGUAUGACAUCAUCAAAGACAACGAGCCCAACAACAACAAAGACAAAGCCAAAAACUCAUCGGAGUGCAGUACUCCAGAGCACCCACAGGGGGGGCUACUGCGCAGUAACGUUUAACAUCUGAAGCACAGGACAGACCCCGAGAGCCAAUUCUGCAGCCGAACAAGCUGCAAUGUUAACAGUGAAGAAGCCGUACUGUCCGCACAUUACACCGAAAUCCCUUUCAGUUCCUGGGCGGUCGCCGUUUGUGUCACCAGUUUAGUGAUGCACCUCCGUCUCUCUUUUGGGCGCCCUUGACAUUUCAGGAAUAAAAUGUGACAUUUUCCUUCCACGAGCCAGAUGGCGCUCUCAUACGACAUGGCAAUAUCCCAGGACCGUUAUGGGAGGGGGAACAAAAGGGACGUCUGGCGACUUUUUUUUUUAGGUCUGCAAGUACGCCUGAUCGGCGCACGGUUAACGCUAAAGGACGCACGGAUGGGAAUAAUGCACUGUAUGGACAAGGUGUGGCUCGGUUUCAGAGAAGAUGCACUUAACCUCAAGAAGAAAAAAAAACACACACGACAAAUAAUGACUCAAAUUGAGGCGAAGAUGCGUGUCCAACAGUGUCUUUUUUUUUUUGUUACAUUGUAGCACUGCUGAUGAAUACAUGAUGAUUUUUUAUAAAAACAAAUACUACACUAUCUGUAUUUGUGGAUGAAUUACUGUAUUAUUUCAUUUGUGCUGUGAAAGAAAAAAAUCCACACUAUACCAAAUAAUAUUCACUUCAAUGCAAAAAAAAAAAAAAAAAGAAAGUUCUGUAUUGACAGUAGGUUGAAAAACAAUCAACAUUUAUCUACCCCCCCUACUUACAUGCCACAAUAAGUAAUAUUUGUAAUAUUGUAGUUUGCUGUGGGGUGUAUUAUGUUAAAUACACUGAUUGGCCACAUUAUUAGGUACACCUGCCUGCGAUCCAAUGCAUCCUUUGGCCUUGUCCAUGGUGGAAAAUGCUCAACAUAAGCAUACUGUUACAUUAAUACAGUGGCCAAACUGAAACAAUAACACAGGCAGGAUUGAAUUGAAUGUGGAAACGCUGCACGUGUGCCGAGGGAGUCAGUUACUCUUUUAUCUUGUGUUCUGCCCUCAAACCCUCCGUUUUCCUUCCCUGCGCUAUCUCCUUCCACACUCGCCCACCUUUGUGCUCCCAUUUACCACCCUUACCCUCCGUUUCUGCUCCCCCUCUCCCGUGUUUCUCAUUACAGACGCCCUCAGACUCCCAUUAGCCGUCUUUCUCUGGGCCCCCACGGCAGCGCUUUUCUGCCUCAUUUGGCCUCAGCCCACACGCACCCUUUGGAUUUGAUUUUAGCUCAGAGUGGUCAUCCCAGUCCUGUCUUUACAAAGGUAGUAGCGCACCCUUUGGACUGACACCUGGAGAGGUUGGCAUUUCACAAAAUACUGCAUCGGUUGGUUGUAAAACCGCAUAUUAUCUUCUGUCAGUGCCAAAUUCUUUUUUUAAAAAACACAAUUAGGGGCUGCCCAAGUAUGUGUUAUGUAAUAUAUGUAUUAUUAAGAAAUAAAUAUUUUCAGUGCUCAAUUUUUGCCCAUUUGUGUUUAUUUUGAUGUGCACUGGGAAAUUACAGACAUGGAAGGAAGCAGACGUUAAAACAGAUGUCUUUUUCAAAUGACUCACCUGCAGAGUGUUUAUUUGAAGGAGGCUUCCAUUGGAGGGGAGGCCUUUAUUUGUACUUUGCCAUCAACUGUAGUACUUAUUGGAAAAGUUUCUAUAGUAAUGAUCAGUAAAGCUAACAAGUGUCUUGUUGUUUCCUGAGGAGGAAAAAAGGUGUUUAUUUGAAGGAGGCGUCCAUUGGAUGGGAGGCCUUUAUUUGUCCUGUACUGCCACCAGCUGUAGUGCCAACUAGAAGUGUUGCUAUCUUAAACGUAAUUACAGUACAUCUACUUAUCGGCACACAGAUUUGUGUUUUUUUCCUGAGGGGGAAAAAGGAGGCGUUUAUUCAACAGGAGGCCUUUAUUUGUACUCUGUCAAAAAGCAGCGCUUACUGGAAACAUGGCUAUUAAUUGUCAAGGUAAUAACAGCUAACUAAUUGCACCGCUUUUCUCUGGGUUGGAAAAAAGCAGGCGUUUAUUUGAGAGGCAGCCUUUAUUUUCACUGUAUUCUCAAACUGUAGCGCUUAGAAAUAUAUCUCUAGUAAAGAAAAUAACAGCUACCUAGUGGCGCCCCUCUUUUUUUUUUUUUCUAAAGGCAAAACAUGAGGUGUUUAUUUGAGAGGAGGACUCAUGGCUAUUCAUAGUCGUGGAGACUUACGAAUAAUUCUGUAUAAUUGAAGAUAUAAUUUAAGUGGACGAUCAAUUAAGGCAUUGUGUCAAUUAGAGUGGAGGCCUCUAAUAUGUGAGCUAUUAUUGUACAAGUGACCUUUGAAAUGAUCCCUAUAAAGACUUUUUAGCUUUUCCCCACGCACACAGCCAUUCAUUGCAUAACCAUUCCCAGUAAUCCAGCACAUAGACCGGUCCCAUGCUUUUAUUCUUGUCAUUCCUCCGAGUUUUGUUGUCUUUGAGACACACUUCCCCUUGCUUAUCCUUCUGACAAAUGUAAAAUAGUUGUCUUUUCCAUGAGGUUGCUCGGGGGAAACACUUCAGCUUUGGACUUGCGCCACUUGGCCAAGCAGGCUGGCAUCACUUCCCAUCUAAUAGCUUCAUUGAAGAGGCAUCUUUGACCAAGCAGUGACGGGGAACAAGGCUGCUAAAAUUUACUGUACAGUUUUUGCCCCUUGCAAAGUGCGAUUCUGCACUUUGGGGUUAUUUCUGGUGCACACUUACUCCAUAUGUUAGCAAAUACAUUUCAACUGGAUGCCCAGUGGGAUACAGUACAUGGUGGUCAUGCAUUUUUCACUUCUUGCAUUGGUUAUCAUUACAUUUCCGAGGCCUUUAUGUACACAUAAUGCAACUGUUGUUUUUUCCGGUUGCCUUGCAACCCAUAAACGCAAAAAUUGUAGGUUUUUUUCCCCCCCUCCAGUAUCAUUUUUAAACAUCUUUCUCACUCGACCGUUGAGG